AUGGCCGCACUCAGUCCCGAAUUGCAGGACAAGCUGAAUGAGCUGGAGAGGGAGCUCCAGGAAGGCGACAUCACACAGAAAGGGUAUCAGAAGCGGCGUACCCAGAUCUUGUCUCAAUAUGGAUUCGAGGGCGUUGCCGAGCCCAGGUUGGGCGGGCUUAGGAUUCAUUCUGCAGACGACGACGACUCAUACAAGCUUGGGGACGAGGGACACCGUGCUGCCUCGCUUGCCGCCUUGAACGCGAAUUCGUCCGUCUCGCGAUCUCCCGACUCGCAGGGCUCGCCCGCGGACUACCAGCCUCAGUCGCCAUAUGCAAAUCUCGACGCGCAUCCUGCAUCUUUGCUCGCCCCGGGCGGUCCGAUGGCCGAACACCGCCCAAACAUACGCCAGCAUGACUCCCUCUUCCUCUCCACAACCCCGGCCAACGAGACCUCUACUCGAUCGGGGACCAUGGUAUCGACUGACUACGCCUUCAACCCCGAGCAACACGGGGAUUACAUGGACGAGCCGCAGCAGAACCCCUACGACAGCAGGACUGGGACCUUGCUAGAUUCGCAGGCCUAUUUUUCCGACUUCGCCGGGCAGCAGCAGGCUUACGACCAUGGGCCUGCCGGGGAGUACGGAGGCCCUCACAGAUACUCGGCCAGCGAUGCUUUCUCCCCUACCGCUGCCAUGGCGCCGCCAAUGCUUUCUGCAAGCGAUUUGCCUCCGCCGGAUGCGCUGCAGUUUUUGAUGCCCCUUGAGCCGCGCGAGGUCCCGUUCGCUAUCCAUGACACGCACGACGAGAACACUCUCAUGUCCAACUUUGACAACAUUGCAGCAGUGCUCAGACACCGUGGCCGCACCGCGGCGAAGCUUCCCGCCUACUGGGUGUUGGAUAGCAAGGGGAAGGAGAUUGCUUCCAUCACGUGGGACAAGCUUGCUGCAAGGGCGGAAAAGGUGGCUCAGGUAAUCCGGGACAAGAGUUCCCUGUACCGCGGGGACCGGGUUGCGCUCAUCUACCGGGACACCGAGAUCAUCGACUUUGCCAUAGCGUUGCUUGGCUGCUUUAUCGCCGGCGUGGUCGCUGUUCCCAUCAACGAGCUUCAGGACUACCAGAAGCUCAAUUUCAUCCUGACAUCCACGCAGGCCCACUUGGCCUUGACCACCGACAACAAUCUAAAGACCUUUCAGCGCGACAUUACGGCCCAAAAGCUCCACUGGCCCAAGGGAGUCGAGUGGUGGAAGACCAACGAGUUCGGCAGUUAUCACGCUAAGAAGAAGGAUGACGUGCCCCCCUUGUCGGUCCCCGAUCUUGCCUACAUCGAGUUCUCUCGAGCACCCACGGGCGACCUGCGAGGCGUAGUUCUCAGCCACCGAACCAUCAUGCACCAGCUCGCUUGUCUUAGCGCAAUUAUCUCGACGGUCCCCGGCAACGGACCCGCCGACACAUUCGACCGGAACUUGCGCGACAAGAACGGUCGUUUGAUAGGCGGCAAGGCGGGCAGCGAGAUCCUGCUCUCUUACCUGGAUGCGCGUCAGGGCAUUGGCAUGAUUCUCGGCAUCCUCCUUACCGUGUAUGGCGGACACACCACAGUCUGGAUGGAAAACAAGGCGGUGGAGGUUCCCGGCCUCUAUGCCCACUUAAUCACAAAGUACAAGCCUACGCUGAUGGUUGCCGACUAUCCUGGCCUCAAGCGGGCCGCAUACAACUAUCAGGCCGACCCUAUGGCGACGAGGAACUUCAAGAAGGGCAUGGAGCCAAACUUUCAAACGGUUAAAUUGUGCUUAAUUGACACCCUCACGGUUGACAGCGAAUUCAAUGAGCUGCUCGCCGACCGCUGGUUCCGCCCCCUCCGUAACAAACGGCCCAGGGAAGUUGUGGCGCCCAUGCUGUGUCUUCCUGAGCACGGCGGCAUGGUGAUUAGCGUUCGGGACUGGCUGGGUGGUGAAGAGCGAAUGGGCUGCCCUUUGAAACUCGAGACGGACCUGGAUGAGGAUUCUUCCGAGGACGAAAAGGAGGAGGAGAAACCAGCACCCCCAAACGGAUUCUCCACUCUGCUUGGGCAAGCGACAACGACAAGGACAGAAGAGCGUUCCAACAAUGAGUUGGGCGAAGUGCUUCUCGACAGGGAAGCCCUAAAGACUAACGAGGUGGUCGUUGUUGCCAUCGGAGAAGAGGCCAGUAAGCGAGCGGCGAGCGAGCCUGGAACUGUCCGCGUCGGUGCGUUUGGAUAUCCCAUCCCUGAUGCGACGCUUGCCGUGGUGGAUCCGGAGAACGGUCUCCUGGCUUCACCUAAUGCCGUGGGCGAAAUCUGGGUUGACUCUCCUUCCUUGUCGGGCGGUUUCUGGGCCUUGCCCAAGCACACGGAGCAGAUCUUCCACGCUCGGCCAUACAAAUUCGAGCCCGGCAAUCCAACACCGACGCCGGUCGAGCCCGAGUUCCUUCGAACCGGCCUUCUAGGCACCGUUAUCGAAGGCAAGGUUUAUGUUCUCGGUCUAUACGAGGACCGCAUCAGACAGAAGGUGGAAUGGGUCGAACAUGGCGGCAGUGAGGGCGCCGAGUAUCGCUACUUCUUCGUCCAGCAUAUUGUAGUGAGCAUCAUGAAGAACGUGCCCAAGAUCUUUGACUGCUCCGCCUUUGACGUCUUCGUCAAUGAGGAACACCUACCUGUGGUGGUGCUCGAGUCUCAGGCGGCGUCGACAGCCCCGGCCACAAACGGUGGGCCGCCCCGACAGCUGGAUACUGCCUUGCUCGAUUCGUUAGCCGAGAGGUGCAUGGAUGUGCUGAUGCAGGAGCACAAUCUCCGUGUCUACUGCGUCAUGAUCACAGCGCCCAACGCGCUGCCGAGAGUGCACAGGAAUGGACGCCGGGAGAUUGGAAAUAUGCUGUGCAGGAGGGAGUUUGAUCUGGGGAGCCUUCCAUGUGUUCACGUCAAGUUCGCAGUGGAGCACGCUGUGCUCAACCUACCUGUGGGCAUUGACCCGGUAGGCGGCAUCUGGUCUCCGAUGGCAUCCGAUUCUCGGGCUGAGGUCCUCUCUCCUGCGGAUAAACAGUAUUCAGGUAUUGACCGCAGGGAGGUGGUUAUUGAUGACAGGACGUCGACGCCGCUGAACAACUUCUCAAGCAUCACCGACCUGAUCCAAUGGCGAGUAGCUAGGCAACCGGAGGAGCUGGCUUUCUGCACCAUUGACGGUCGCGGCAAGGAGGGCAAGGGCGUAACCUGGAAGAAGUUUGACUUGAAGGUCGCUGCCGUUGCCGUCUAUCUCAGGAACAAAGUGAAGCUCCGAGCCGGCGACCACGUCAUCCUCAUGUACACGCAUUCUGAAGAAUUCAUCUUCGCGGUCCACGCCUGCAUCAAUCUUGGCGUCAUCGUCAUUCCCGUCGCGCCCAUGGACCAAAACCGCCUAUCGGAGGAUGUGCCAGCCUUCUUGCACCUCUUGUCGGACUUUAGGGUGAGAGCUGUCCUGGUAAACCAGGACGUGGACCAUCUCCUAAAGAUGAAAACGGUAGCCCAGCACAUCAAACAAACCGCCCAGGUGCUCAAAGUCUCGAUUCCAAGCGUGUACAAUACAACCAAGCCGCCGAAGCAAAGCAGUGGGUUGCGAGAUCUCGGCAUCACCAUGGACCCCGUCUGGGUCCAGCCGGGGCAUCCGGUUGUCAUCUGGACGUACUGGACGCCUGACCAGCGGCGAGUUGCAGUCCAGCUCGGCCAUGACACCAUCCUGGGCAUGUGCAAGGUGCAAAAGGAAACGUGCCAAAUGACGAGCUCGCGGCCCGUGCUGGGGUGUGUGAGGAGUACGACUGGCUUGGGCUUUAUCCACACGUGUCUGAUGGGAAUCUACAUCGGCACGCCUACGUAUCUCCUCUCGCCGGUCGAGUUUGCUCAGAAUCCAGCCUCCCUCUUCUUGAUACUAUCCCGAUACAAGAUCAAGGACACGUACGCAACCCCUCAGAUGCUGGACCACGCCAUGAACUUGAUGCCCGGAAAGGGCUUCACGCUGCACGAGCUGAAGAACAUGAUGAUCUCGGCUGAAGGACGGCCCCGGGUCGACGUCUUCCAAAAGGUUCGCAUGCACUUUGCGGCGACGGGCCUCGACCGGACCGCCAUCAACACGGUCUACUCGCACGUCUUGAACCCCAUGAUUGCAUCGCGCUCCUACAUGUGCAUCGAGCCCAUUGAAUUAUGGCUCGACGCCAAGGCCCUACGACGAGGCCUCAUCUACGUGACGGAUCCGGAGAGAGAUCCAAAAGCACUCCUGGUUCAGGACUCGGGCAUGGUACCUGUGUCUACGCAGAUUGCCAUUGUCAACCCGGAAAGCCGGAUGCUGUGCAACGAAGGCGAGUACGGAGAGAUCUGGGUCGACUCGGAAGCGUGCGUCAAGGCGUUUUAUGGGUCGAAGGAUCCGUUCGAUGCGGAGCGGUUUGAUGGGCGGACGGUCGAGGAUCCGAGCAUUCGCUAUGUCCGCACCGGAGAUCUCGGGUUCCUCCAUAGCGUGAGGAGGCCGAUAGGGCCGGGGGGUGCGCUGGUUGAUAUGCAGGUCUUGUUUGUCCUGGGAAGUAUUGGGGAGACGUUUGAGAUUAAUGGGCUGAGUCAUUUCCCCAUGGAUCUCGAGGCGUCGGUUGAGCGUUGUCAUCGCAACAUUGUCCCGGGUGGUUGUGCUAUCUUCCAAGCUGGUGGCCUCGUUGUUGUGCUGGUCGAGGUUGCACGCAAAGCAUACCUCGCCUCCAUGGUGCCCGUCAUUGUUAACGCCAUUCUCAACGAGCAUCAGAUUAUAGCCGACAUUGUGGCCUUCGUGAACAAGGGCGACUUCCCGCGUAGCCGGCUAGGGGAGAAACAGCGUGGGAAGAUCCUUGCGGGGUGGGUUAGCCGCAAGAUGCGCACCAUGGCCCAGUUCGCCAUCAAAGAUAUGGACCGGGAGGCACGCGAAGCGCUGGGCGGCAUACCGGCUGCGUCGACUGGAGAUCAGGGCAGCGCGGGACACGACGGCCUUUCUUCGUCUGACUACCAUCGUGGCAGCCUCGGCAGUUUCCGCAGCUCAAGUGGCCAAGGAGUCCCAGUCGGAACUGCGCAUGGAAGCGGGGGGACAAGCUCCCUGAGAAAUGUUGAGCCCGCGCCACAGACCUUGGAACACCACGAGUGGGAUCAUCAGCAACAGCACAAGCAACAACAAGAUAUGCACAUCAACCUCCCAGGCGUGAUACCGGCCCAGCCAACAGUAACACCCUAUCUUCAACAACAAGAACAGCACCAGCACCAGCAACAGCAACCACUAGGCCCGGUGGAGAUGCCGGCGGACGACCGGGAAGUUGGUGGUGCGGUAGACAACGACCAGACGCCAACCAAGAACCGCCCGCAGCCGCAGCAGCAACACUUUGAUCCGCAUGCCUUUGAGCUGCCGGAUUUUGAGCAGUUUGGGCUGCGGGAGGAUGGCAGUGAAAAUAAUAACAACAACACUACCACGGGGGCGGCGGCGGAGAGCAAACAACAGGCGCCGCCGCCGCAGAUCCGGCUGCCGGGCGUCGACGGCAGGGAGUCGCUGGAUGACUGGAACCUGCCGUUCCGGCCGGGGAGCGGUACGGGUAGCGGUGGUGAUCAAGGGAAGACGCGGACUGGGGGGAAUGAUGAUGAUGGUGAUGAGGAUGAUUGGACUAGGGAUGCGUACAUGUCUAUGAACCUGGCUGGGACGCUGGGGGGUAAUUGA